AUGACGAGAAUUGGGUUCAGUGAGGGGGAGAUUCUGUUUUUGCAUACUGUAACUCCCUCCCACUGUCUACUGGAACCUUUUCCAGCUUGGGAUGUGCUCAGUUCUGAAUCAUAUAUACGGACUUUGCUGAAAAGAGCAAUUGUUAGUCAAAGCUUGAGAAAAAGAUUUUUUUUCUGUCCAUUGUUACAGAAACCAUUGGAGCUACACAAUACCAAGGACAAGUAA